GGGCUGUGGGCGGUGCACAGCUCCAGUCUGGCGGCGCGUCCUCACUCAGUCGGUGUGGAGGAGAGAGCACGGAGCGUUGCGUCGCGUCGCACCGGGACCAGGAUCUGUACUCCAUAACACGGCAGCAAGACCACAACCGAGCGCAUCCGGCAGGCAGGAGCCGUGCAGCAUGGAGCUGUGAGGGCUGCGGGCCGACCGGGACCUUCUCCCCCAACAUCACUGUCUCAUUUUUUAUUUACAGCAUCUGCGAGCUUUUUUUGUUUGCUUUUUUACCCCAAAAAAUGGAGACUACAGGCUGUUGGCUGCUCCUGGCUGCACACUUGAUCCUCAUGUGCCAACAAGUUGGAGGAUAUGCAUACAGGAACCAACGCAAGUUCUCAGAAGACAUCGACUGGUCGUAUGCAGGAACAUUAAAUCAGAACAACUGGGCCAAGAAGUUCCCAUCCUGCAGCAACGCCAAGCAGUCUCCCAUCAACAUCGAGGAGAGCCUGGCUCAGGUGAAGCUGCAAUACCAGAAUCUGAGGUUUGACGGCUGGGAGGGCCUGACCACCCACAAGACCACCAUCAAGAACGACGGCAAGACGGUGGCGGUGGAUGUGGAUGGAGAGUUCUAUGUCAGCGGAGGUGGUCUCAAGUCAAAGUUCAAGGUUGGACGUAUCACCUUCCAUUGGGGGCGGUGCAACGCCUCCUCAGACGGCUCCGAACACAGUCUGGAUGGAGUCAGAUACCCUCUGGAGAUGCAGAUCUACUGUUAUGAGGCGCACCGCUUUGACUCUUUAGAUGAAACCAUCAAAGCUGGAGGCAGAAUCACAGCGCUCGCCGUGAUGUUUGAGACCAGCUUUGAGGACAACUUGAACUACGAUGCCAUCAUAGACGGCAUCAAAAGCGUGAGCAGAUAUGGAAAGAGUGCAGAGCUUUUACCCUUUAGCCUGCGAGGUUUGCUGCCCAACUCCACAGACAAAUACUUCAUCUACAACGGCUCUCUGACCACGCCGCCCUGCAGCGAGACGGUCGAGUGGAUCGUCUUCAAGAACACAGCGCUCAUCUCUGAUGAACAGCUGCUGAUGUUCUGCGAUGUGAUGACGAUGCAGCAGGCGGGAUACGUGAUGCUGAUGGACUACCUGCAGAACAACUUCAGGGAGCAGCAGCAGCAGUUCAUGGGUCAGAUGUUCUCCUCGUACACAGGCACCGAGGAAGUCCUCACACCAGUGUGCAGUUCGGAGCCGGAGAACAUUCAGGCGGUGCCGCACAACCUGAGCAGCCUGCUGGUGACGUGGGAGCGGCCCCGGGCCGUCUACGACGCCAGCAUUGAGAAGUACUCCGUCAGCUACCGGCUGGACAACACGGAGAACAGAGCUGCCUCUAUUUACCUGACUGACGGAGACCAGGAUGUGGGGGCCAUCCUCGAUGACCUGUUAGCCAACUCCAGCUACGUGGUCCAGGUGGUGGCGGUCUGCACCAACGGUCUGUACGGACGUGUGAGCGACCUGCUGACGGUCGCCAUGCCCGUCGAUGACCCCGCAAAUGCACUGGAUCCAGAUUCCAAUGAAUUUGAUGGCGAGGACAACUUUGAACCCGAUCUGUCUUGGAAUGAACCCGUUCAAACUGAAGAUUACGAUCUGGCUUGGUUUCCCACAAGCUCUCCGAAGACCACGACUUCUGCAUCCCCUGGUUUACUCCUACCUGCCAUCAGAAGCACAACAGAAGAAUCUAAUUGGAGGAAAACCACCACUGUUCCAGUCCCCCCGGUCAAAUCCACCCAGUCCGGUCAAGUCUUGAGCCAUUCUGAAGAGACGGCACACCGCAGCACCUCCACACGUCCCCCAGAAGUCCUCCUGACACCAGAAACCAGAGAUGUUGACUUCAGUGGCAAUGUUCCACUUUAUUCCACGACGACUACCAAGGAAGCCUUUAUACCAACUUCCACAACCCCUUUAUACUCCAAUGCAAAGAGAGAUGGUGUUCUUGGAGGUGUCAGUCCAAAAGGUGGUACCACUCCGCCACUUACCAGUGCAAAGACAAAAGGUGGUAAAAGUAUUUCUUCACACAGCACCACCACGACCACGCUGAGGUCUCGCAUGAGCGACAAGAGCAGCACAACAUCAUCAUCCUUUAUCCAGGCUGAGAUCGACCCAGGUCUGGGGCGUCCGUUAAACGAGGACACCACAACUGAAGGAGGUGUGUCUGCUGGACCAGGAGGCCUUCCAGAGAUCCAAACGUCUUCUCCCCAGCCUUCCUCCUCGGGUGGAGCUGUUCCACAUAGGCCCACAAGUCCCAGCAUGCCUCAUUUUUCAUCUACCAAGACCUCUGUCAGGUUGAGUGGCGUUCUCUUGCAGACCACACAGCCAGUGUCCAACGGUGAGCGCCCCUCUGUCUUCCCCUCCACCUCCUCCUCUUCCUCCUCCUCCCCUCUGUGUGACACUGCGGACCCCUCCACUUGCCUGCAUGACCCUCCCUCCUCGUCUUGGCCCCUGUUGUCUGCCACCGCGCCGGACUCCCAGCAUGCCGCUACCGCUCUGCUGUCUAGCAAAGACCCGGCUUCUCCUUCAACCCUCACGCUCCCUGCCUCCACCCUGCCUCACCUCCCUCACCCCUCACACCCCCUGUCUGGUAGGGAGACUGACCCCUUCUUCCCUGGUGUUGGCUUUGAUGAUAAUGAUAACGAUGGUGAUUUGUUGUCUGGGUUUUCGUCUUCGUCGGUCUCCUCAGGCGACCCUUCAGUAUUUAGUGAUACCCCUCCUCUUCAAGAGGCGCCGGAUCCGUCUGGCACCACGAUCACCGCCGAGCCGUCCAACUUCCAAUGGGACCUGUCCCUCUCCACAGGCUCUCUGUCUCUCAGUCCCACCCUCCAACCUUCAGUUCUCCUCUCUAGUGAUUUCACCCUUUCUGGCACAACUCCAGGCUUGUCCCGUUCUUUCUCAGCUGGAUUUGAAGAUGCGAAGUACGCCACAGGGAGCUCAAUAGAGACUUUUCUCCCAGACGUCAGCAGUGAUGGGUUUCCACUAGCGAGCGACGUGGACUCCAUGUGUGGCUGUUCUCUGGAGCCGUCUGCAUCCUCGUCCUGGUUGCAUGCCUCUCCUCACGUCCCCCUGCCGUCCUCAGCUUGGGACUCUUCUAGCUUAGAGCUUUACUCUAGUGUAGACUUCCCUUCGGCUUCUGGUGUUGGUGUAGAUGAUAUUCUGCGCUCUCUGUCCGUCGCGGGUUCUGAUGGUCUGUCCUUAGACCAGCCUCUGCUCUCACAUAGCGCUAUCUCUCCCUCAUCCUCCUCUUCCUACCUUCUCCAAGUCACCCCUAGUGACCUGCCCGUUUCUGUUGCAGCCAUGCCGUCUGGCGUCAGGGAUCCCUGGGUCUCGGCAUCAGACGAGAACUCUGCCCUUCAAACCUCUGCCCUCCCUUCCUCACCUACAGCCUCACCCAUCACCUCCACCCCAGAAGGACAGGCGUUAGACACGAGCAGCAGUGCCUCCGGUUCCGCCCUGUUCCCUGACUCCCAAGAGGGCGUUGAUCAGGAGUGGGACCGGGUUCAAACCUCGGCCUCUGGAGAGAGCGCUUUCCCUUAUUCCAGCAAAGCCACUAGCACCGUUCCUCUGUCUACGACCGCAGAGUCUGGCCAGGCCCCCGAUGAUUUGGACGAACGCUCCUCAGCGUUUUAUUUUGAAAGCGAGAGUGGCAGUGCCGUCGCCUCAGAAGUAGGAGGCACGGCAGCCCCCACCGUUCCUAGGGUAACCUCGGCUACACCCUGGUCACUGGGCGGGGAGGAGGAGAGCGGCUCAGGCCAGGGUGAAAGCCUGUACGACAACGAGACGUCCUCGGACUUCAGUAUUCCCGAGCGCACUGAAAGAGAGUCGGAGGAGGAGGAGGAGGAGCCAGUCGCAGACGCCAGUAACAGCAGCCAUGAGUCCAGGAUCGGUUCCAUCCGUGACAGAGAGAGGAAGGCUGUGGUUCCUCUGGCCGUCAUCUCCACCCUCACCGUCCUCGGCCUCAUCGUCCUCAUCGGGAUCCUCAUUUACUGGAGGACUUGUUUUCAGACGGCUCACUUCUACAUCGACGACAGCUCAUCACCCAGAGUCAUCGCUGCACCAUCCACUGCUGCAUCUGACGAACAAACAGCUUUUCCAGUGAAGGAGUUUGUGAAACAUGUGGCCGAGCUUCACGACACACAUGCCUUCCAGCGAGAGUUUGAGAUACUGAAGGAGAGUUACGAGACAUGCACAGUGGACAUGGGGAUGACAACGGACAACUCAAACCAUCCUGACAACAAAACUAAAAACAGAUACAGCAACAUCCUGGCCUUCGACCACAGUCGGGUUCGACUCUCGCCUCAGGCCGACAAAGAGGGGAAGAUGAGGGAUUACAUCAACGCAAACUAUGUGGAUGGUUUUAAGAAGCCGCAGUCGUACAUUGCAGCUCAGGGUCCUCUGAGGUCGAGCACUGAGGACUUCUGGAGGAUGAUCUGGGAGCAAAACGCCUGCGUCAUCGUAAUGAUCACCAACCUGGUGGAGAAAGGACGAAGGAAGUGUGACCAGUACUGGCCGGCGGAGGGGCAGGAGGAGUACGGCAGCUUUCUGGUGACGGUGAAGAGCAGCAGAGUGCUGGCCUACUACACCCAGAGGACCUUCACUGUCAGGAACACACACGCCAAAAAGGGCUCCCAGAAGGGGCGGAGCAACGACCGGACGGUGACUCAGUACCAUUACACCCAGUGGCCUGACAUGGGCGUCCCAGAGUUUGCCCUGCCGCUGCUCAGCUUUGUCCACAAGUCCUCCAAAGCCAGGACGGACACCAUGGGCCCGAUGGUGGUGCACUGCAGCGCUGGCGUGGGUCGGACGGGUACCUAUGUGGUCCUGGACAGCAUGCUGAAGCAGAUAAGAGACGAAGGCAAAGUCAACAUCGCAGGAUUCCUCAAACACAUCCGAACACAGAGGAACUACCUGGUUCAGACAGAGGAACAGUACGUCUUUAUCCACAAUGCCUUGGUGGAGGCCAUCUUGUCCGGAGAUACGGAGGUGGUGGCAUCUCACCUGCACAGGUAUGUGGACGAGCUGCUGAUCCCAGGACCUGCUGGGAGGACACCUCUGGACAAACAGUUCAAGCUGGUUUGUCACUCUGGAGUGAAGCAGUGCGACUACUCUGCAGCGCUGCAGGACUGCAACCGCAACAAGAACAGAAACUGCUCUGUGAUACCUGUUGAGAGGUCACGAGUGCGUCUGUCCACGACGGGGGGGGAGACGUCAGACUACAUUAAUGCUUCAUACAUCACAGGUUACAGGCAGAGCAGCGAGUUCAUCAUCACCCAGAAUCCUUUGCCUGGCACCAUAAAGGACUUCUGGAGGAUGAUAUGGGACCACAACGCCCAGGUCAUCGUGUCGCUGCAGGGGACGCUGGCAUGCGAGACGGAGGAGGAGGAGGCGGAGCUGUGUGCCGUCUGGCCCCGUAAAGGGGAGCCAAUCAGCUAUGAGAUGUUCACCAUCACUCAGAGGAGCGAGAAUCAUAUCUGUUUGACCAACGAGGACAUGCUGGUGGUCCAGGACUACGUACUGGAAGCUACACAGGACGACUUUGUUCUGGAGUUGAAACACUACCGUGCACCACGCUGGCCAAAUCCAGACAGUCCAAUCAGCAACACCUUCGAGCUCCUUAAUCUGGUGAAAGAAGAAAGUGCCACCAAGGACGGCCCCACAGUAGUCCACGAUGAUGUGGGUGGAGUCACAGCAGGAACGUUCUGCACUCUAUUGUCUCUGACUUGUCAACUGGAGACUGAAGGUUCGGUCGACGUCUUUCAAGUAGCCAAGCUGACGAACCUCAUGAGACCAGGGAUCUUCAGCGACAUUGAGCAGUACCAGUUCCUCUACAAAGCCAUGCUGAGUCUCAUUGGGACACAAGAAGACGAGAAAACCCUUCAGUCCUCUGACAACAAUGGAACCAUCGUGGUGGGAACCGCCAGCACCGCUGAGAGCCUUGAAUCCCUGGUGUAACCACCUAAAAAACCCACAAAGAACUUGAGUUUUACAAAUUUCGUCCUUCAACAACCAACAGAACUUCUCCUGGUGCCAGACUCACACUACAACUACUAAAUAAAGAAAAUCCUCAUGUUCAGGACUCCGUGCUGUAGUUUGAGACUCGUGUGUAACAAACGAGUUUCUUCUUCAUUGGAUCUGGACUCCCUGCGGUUUUGUAAUGUGUGCCUUUUUGUAUUUUUCAUCCUGUACUUCUAACUUUGAUACAAGCUGUAGACUAACUGUCCGAUGUUUUAACGCUGUACUGCCCUGUGACAUUUCACACAACUUAAACAUUUUUCCUAAACCUUUGUAUUUAUUGGCACUGAGCCAAAUGGGGGAAAACAAAAAAGGGAAAAACUGCAACUUUUUACAUUAAAUGAGAUAUUUUGUUAGCUUGUCUUUUAUAGAGCUCCUGCACUGAACUUCCUUUCUGUAAAUACCAUCGCAACGGUAGCAGCAGUGUGUUGUUGAAGUCAAAUACAAAAAUAAGGGCCUGGAAUAAUAAAAAUAAUCUAAUGCAUGUAAAUAAUAUUAUAGUAAUCAACUUGAUGGACCAAAUUUCUAUUUAUACUUUUAGAUUUUUAUAUUUUACCAUUUUUAGUGCAUUCAAUGGUUUGAUUCUAAUUGCUUAGCUGGAGAACAUUAAUGCUUUUAUAUUCUGGAUAUUGUAACAGACUAAAUGUGAUGCAUAGGGUACUGACAUGUUUUUUGUUUUAGCUGGACAUGAAACACUGCUGGAUUAUUAGCUAGGGGAUUAAAUAAGUGACAGAACACCAAAGAAA